AGUACACCCUCCCCGAAAGGCAGCACCUGAGGAGAGAAGCAGGUUUCUCCAUCCUUUGUCCCUCCUCCCCUCGCAAAUGCUGUUUAAAUAGCGGGUGAUUGAGAGUAUCUCUUUCUCGAUGCCACUGUUUAAAUAGUAAAGCUGGAUUUACAGUAGCUGUGAGCACAACUUGUUCAAGGUGUGGUGCGACGCUUUUUACCUCACGGAAUCUUGCAAGUCUCAAAAUCACAGGAAUGGACAAUAGCAGCAGACUAAUGAUCGCAGUCAUCAUGGUAAUGGCGUGCAUGGCGAUGGGAACCGAGGCACAGAACUUUUCAAUGGCUCUGAACGCCACUAUGGCACCCAAUGCCACAAUGGCACCCACCGCCACAAUGGCACCCACCGCCACAAUGUCACCCAACGCCACAAUGGCACCCACCACCACAAUGGCACCCAACGCCACAGUGGCACCCAACGCCACAAUGGCACCCACCGCCACAAUGGCACCCACCGCCACAAUGGCACCCACCGCCACAGUGGCACCCACCGCCACAAUGGCACCCACCGCCACAAUGGCACCCAACGCUACAAUGGCACCCACCGCCACAAUGGCACCCAACGCUACAAUGGCACCCACCGCUACAGUGGCACCCAACGCCACAGUGGCACCCACCACUACAAUGGCACCCACCGCCACAAUGGCACCCACCGCCACAGUGGCACCCACCGCCACAGUGGCACCCACCGCCACAGUGGCACCCACCGCCACAGUGGCACCCAACGCCACAGUGGCACCCAACGCCACAAUGGCACCCACCGCCACAAUGGCACCCACCGCCACAAUGGCACCCACCGCCACAAUGGCACCCAACGCUACAAUGGCACCCACCGCCACAAUGGCACCCACCGCCACAAUGGCACCCACCGCCACAAUGGCACCCACCGCCACAAUGGCACCCAACGCUACAAUGGCACCCACCGCUACAAUGGCACCCAAACCGACAAUGACAACCAACGCUACAAUGGCACCCACCGCCACAAUGGCACCCAACGCUACAAUGGCACCCACCACUACAAUGGCACCCAACGCCACAGUGGCACCCAACGCUACAAUGGCACCCACCACUACAAUGGCACCCAACGCUACAAUGGCACCCACCACUACAAUGGCACCCAACGCCACAGUGGCACCCACCACUACAAUGGCACCCAAACCGACAAUGACAACCAAUGCUACAAUGGUACCCACCACUACAAUGGCACCCAAUGCCACAAUGGCACCCACCGCUACAAUGGCACCCACCACUACAAUGGCACCCAACGCCACAAUGACACCCAAUGCUACAAUGGCACCCACCACUACAAUGGCACCCAAACCGACAAUGACACCCAACACGGCAAUAGCCCCCACUGUUAUCAACACCACCGUCUCAAUUCUCACGCAAAGCAUCUCAAGGGCGGAUUGUGGAAAGACUCAGUUCUGUGCUGCUGAGCCAUCAGACUGUGAGCCGGCCAUAGCUGGUUCAUGUUUCUUCGUCUCCACGCAGCAGUCCUCGGGACAGACUUUCUCCCUCCAGCUACAAGGAGAGUCCAGAGGCUACAUCGCUGUAGGCUUGUCCAAAAACACCACACAGGGCGUUAAUGACACCACCUACGUGUGUGCCAACAACAAUGGCACUGUGAAGUUCUUCACCACUCUCCUCCUAAAUAAAGUUCUGACUGUCACUGGCACGCUGCCUGUUGACUCUGUGAAGGGCUCAGUCAAAGGUCAGAUCAUCCAGUGCACCUUCUCUGCUACUCUCCCCAGGAACACUGGCACCAGCUUCGUCCUCUCCGUUUCCAACGGGACCGUAAUUAACGGAACCCUGGGUACUCCUCAGGUUUUCCUGGUCAGCAAUGCAGCCGUGAACCUGGCUAACCCCAACAGUACUGUGAUCAACUCUUUGAACGCCACUCCCACUAAUUCUACUUCCUCCACAACUAACACUUCCACCACUACUGCUACUUCCAGCACUACUGCUACUCCCACCACUGCCUCCAGCCACGCCUUGGGCCUGCAGCACACCCUGUCUCAAGCUCUGCUGAUCCUGCUUGGUGUGCUAGGUAUGAUGAUGCUGUAAUGAUGAUCUGAAGGUGACACACCAAGAACUCAGAAAUCCUGCAUCCAUACCUUUACUGCCUCUGACACUGGCCAGGCUGCAUCCCCAAAUGACACCCUAUUCCCUACAUAGUGCACUACUUUCACUAUGUUUUGAAUACCGUAGGGUGCCUUUUCAGACGCACUGGUACUGGGUUAAAAGGCCAUGUAAGAUCUGAAGUUAUAUGCUUCGAAAUGCAUGUUAUUCAACAUACAUAGUGAAACACUUUCUAGUUGGGGGUAGUAAGACGAUAGCGUACAGAAUGAAUCCGGUGAUACAAGGCCCAAUGCUAACAUUUUCACAAUUUCAACCUCAUAUUCAUCAUCUCCAGCACCACUCCUAACAUCAACAUCAACACGUCUUCUUCUAUUUUGUUGACCACAAAACGUCGAACCCGCCGUUUUCACAUAUAUUUAUGUCUCAGGAGGUUGGUGGCACCUUAAUUGGGGAAGACGGGCUCAUGGUAACGGCUGGAGCGGCAUGAGUGGAAUAGUAUCAAAUACAUGGUUUCCAGGUGUUUGAUGUUGGUUCGGGUGUUGCUUCAGAUGAUGAACAUGAGGUUGGUAUUUCCCAUGUCAUCCCCUAUACAUUUAGAAUCUAUUUAUUUUCUCUUUGCUGAUGUGGUUUUAUGUUGGUGUGAGUGUGUGUUUAAAUAUUUGUCUUGAGUGUUGGCACACAUUCUCAUAGAUGACACCACAAGUUGGCAGAAAUGUGUGUGUGCGUGCGAGCUUGUGUGUCUGUCCAAUAAUGAAGCCACUGGAUGGUGAACUGUUCUUCCUGAUGACCCUUUUAAAUGAAAUAUGUUUUAAUGUGCAAUUAUGGAAAUAUUUGUAUACAUUUUUUUUUUUAAACAACAACGUUUUUACCCUUUCAUGGGUAUAUUUGCUUAAUGUUGAUACUCAAACUGACAACUUUUAAUGUACUGUACACUCAAAAGCUGACACAGAAUCACUCAGGGUUAGUUCGGAUUGCAUACUGUUGUAUGAGUCAUGUCUUUUGUAGGGUGUGUCAUCAGACAGUUGGUAAAGGUGGCCAUGUUUGGAACCAAAAGCAUAACAUUUAAAAAGCAUAAACAACGAACUUACAACAAAAUAUAUAAAUACACAUAGACUGUAGCAAUUUCAACACAAUAUAUGAAAAGUGCUUUACAAAUAAUAUUAGUAUAGUAUCAUGAAUGAAUGAAUGAAUGAAUGAAUGAAUGAAUGAAUGAAUGAAUGAAUGAAUGAAUGAAUGAAGAGCUGCCUACAGGUAAGUGCCAAAAUAAAGGAAACACCAACAUAAAGUGUCUUAAUAGGUCAUUAGGUCACCACAAGCCAGAACAGCUUCAAUUAAACUUUGCAUAUAUUCUACAAAUUUCUGGAGCUCUAUUGGAGGGAUUCGACACCAUUCUUCCAUGAGAAAUUCCAUAAUUUGGUGUUUUGUUGAUGUUAGUGGAAAUCGCCGCUCCAGAUUAUCCUAUAAGUGUUCAAUUGGGUUGCGAUCUCGUGACUGAAAUGGCCAUGGCAUAUGGUUUACAUCGUUUUCAUGCUCAUCAAACCAUUCAGUGACCACUCGUGCACAGUGGAUGGGGCAUUGUCACCCCAUGGGUGCAUAGCCAUGUUUGCCAAAAUAAUGGUUUGCCCAGCAUUUUUAUACAUGACCCUAAGCAUGAUGGGACGUUAACUGUUUAAUUAACUCAGGAACGACACCUGUGUGGAAGCACCUGCUUUCCAUGCACUUUCUAUUCCUCAUUUACUCAAACAUUUCCAUUAUUUUGGCAGUUAAAUAUACAUCUCUAUUCAUGAAUAAAAUACCCCAAAAUAUAAUUUUUACACCUCUUCACUUCAUUGGCUCAGCAUUGGAAGCAACCAAAACCAAAACACUGUUUUAUGUCAGGUACUUGACUUAACGUAUUCCUUUCAGCUCCUAGUAGAGCAAGGGCCUCAAACAUUAGAUAAAGAGCAUGUGUUAAACAUCCUUAUAAAUCAUAUUUUCAGAACACAAAAACAUAUAUUACAGUUUUAACAUUAGCAUUGAGAAGUAUACUCUGGUAUUGGAAUGGUAUAUUAUUGGUAUAGUUUAUGAUGUUUGUUUUGUGUUAUAUGUACAUUUCAACAAAUAAAAGCAAUUCUUCAAAAAAA